GCCAACUGUGGACGCGCUUCAGCGACCCAUGCCAGCUGGCGCUUCGUCUGGUACAGAGGUGGAGGUGCUAGGUGUUAGGGCUGCGUGUCACUGAAGGGAUUCUCCGACGCCCUUGAACCUUCCACUACCCAGCCCCCUCCCUGGGACCCUCCUUCAGGCCAGCCUUCGCGGAAGGAACUCUUUCAACUGGAAAUUAACCCUGUUCAGCGGACCUGGGAUCUGCCCACCUGAACCCUUCCUAUUGGGACGGCUCUCAUUCCUAUUUGCAAAGGGGGUGAAGGGCACGUGCAACCUUUUGCAAGGAGGCUGCGGCGACAGGGGUAAGGGUAUCUUGACGUAGGGAUUCGAAGGUGAGUGAGAGGUGAGAGGAUAGAGCCAGAGGUACUCUGCUUUAAAACCAAAGGAAAAAGAUUGGGGUGGGGGGGCAAACUGAAGCUACUUUUCUGGGGCAUCUAGAAGGGGAAGAUAAUGGUAAGGCAGUUCAAAGCUCUUCGGAGGGUUUGUCAGAGGAGUGCCUCUAGACUAGCCAGGGAAUUCUUCCCGAGUGGGAGUAUAGAGAGGUUUAAGGGGGAAAGAAGCAUUUUUUUCAAGUGAGCCCAGUAGAAGAUAGCCAGAUACCUCAGGUUAGCAGGCUCUCUCUACCCGAGGUCUUUUUGCGUCUCCCCCUAUCUCCUUAUAGAAUUGCAGACUUCUCUCCCACACUGAGAUCUAUCCAAAGGAGGGGAUUCUGCCCUUAAGCUAAAUCACCAGAGUCUGACCCGUUGGCCAGAUUUCCCACCCCACCCCCAUCCCUGUUCUCCUUGCUCCCAGGGUCACAGGUGGGUUAGCCAGGUGAGGGCCGAUGGCAGGUGGGGCUAGCUGGUAAGGAGUGCCCAGCUUUGGCAAGAACAACAUCCCAGAUGUUGUGCUGGAGGGCACAUUGUUCAAUAUGGUGCUGAGGAAGAUUCACCGGCCCAGGAGUUGUUCUUACCAGCUGCAGCUAGAGCACAGAACACCCCCCAGCCGGAUUCAGGGUCUACGCUGGACACCACUUACCAAUAGUAAUGAGACACUGGACUUUCAUGUGAGCCUGGAACAGGCUACUUCAGAGCAGGUGCUUAGGGCUGGGAAGCUGCUGCAUAGGCAUCUUCUGGCUACCUGCCCCACCCUCAUACGAGAUCGGAAAUAUCACCUCAGAUUGUACCGGCAGUGCUGCUCAGGGCGAGAGCUGGUUGAUGGAGUCUUGGCCUUGGGGCUUGGAGUUCAAUCCCGAAGUCAAGCUUUGGGCAUCUGCCAAGUUCUCCUGAAUGAGGGAGCCCUUUGCCAUGUGAAACAUGAGUGGGCCUUCCAUGACCGAGAUGCUCAUUUCUAUCGAUUCCCUGGGCCAGAGCCAGACCUGGACAGCAUUCAGGAGUUGGAGGAGCUAGCUGAGGCUGUGACCCUGCUGUCUCAGCGAGGACCUGACGCUCUGCUCGCUGUGGCGCUGCGUAAGCCCCCCGGGCAGCGCACGGAGGAGGAGCUAGACCUAAUCUUUGAGGAGCUGCUCCAUAUCAAGGCCGUGGCCCAUCUGUCUAACUCGGUGAAGAGGGAAUUAGCUGCUGUGUUGUUGUUUGAGCCCAGCAGCAAAGCAGGCACUGUGUUGUUCAGCCAAGGAGAUAAGGGGACCUCUUGGUACAUUAUCUGGAAGGGAUCUGUUAAUGUGGUGACCCAUGGCAAGGGCCUGGUGACAACCCUGCAUGAAGGAGAUGACUUUGGACAGCUAGCUUUAGUGAAUGACUCACCCCGAGCAGCCACCAUCAUUCUUCGUGAAGACAACUGUCACUUUUUGCGGGUGGACAAGCAGGACUUCAACCGUAUCAUCAAGGAUGUGGAGGCAAAUACAAUGCGUUUGGAAGAACAUGGGAAAGUGGUGCUGGUGCUGGAGAGGGCCCCUCAGGGCAAUGGCCCUGACUGUCCCCUGAACCCAGGCAGGAACCGGUACACUGUGAUGUCAGGCACUCCAGAAAAGAUCUUAGAGCUGCUGCUGGAGGCGGUGCGGCCGGACUCAAGUGCCCAUGAUCCUACAGAGACAUUCCUAGGUGACUUUCUCCUGACCCACAGCGUCUUCAUGCCUACUGCCCAUCUCUGUGCUGCUCUCCUGCAUCACUUCCAUGCGGAACCAGCUGGUGGCACUGAACAGGAACGUUGCAUCUAUAUCUGUAACAAGCGGCAGAAGAUCCUAAAGCUGGUCAGCCAAUGGGUGACCCUGUAUAGCCCCAUGCUCCACAUGGACCCAGUAGCCCCCAGUUUCCUACAGAAACUCUCAGAACUGGUAAGCAAGGAUACUCAGCUCAGCAACCUACUAAAGGAGCAGGGACCAGAGAGGCGGCGGCACCAUGGGUUGGAAAAUGGCGGUGGAAAUAUGUCACCACAAUUAAAGGAUCGAGCGAUUCCUAUCUGGUUCCCCAGCUAUGAAGAACCCUUCCUCAGCAAUAGAUAUGCUAUCCAAGCUCUGGACAAAGUCCCCUAUGACAUCUGCCGACCAGACCACUCAGUCCUGACACUGCAUCUACCAGUGACAGCCUCUGUGAGAGAAGUGAUAGCUACACUGGCCCAGGAGGAUGGCUGGAUACAAGGCCAGGUGCUGGUGAAGGUUACCUCUUCGGGGGCCAUAGCUUCUCCCACAGACACCAUUGGUCUCCAACCAGAUGCCCAUGGUGUGGCAACAUCCCUGGGACUCAACGAGCGGCUCUUCAUUGUUAACCCACAGGAAAUGCACAAGUUGACUCCACACCCAGAUCAGCUUGGACCCAGUGUAGGCUCAGCUGAGAUGUUGGACCUAGUGAGUGCCAAGGACCUGGCCAGCCAGCUGACUGACCAUGACUGGAACCUCUUCAACAGCAUCCACCAGGUGGAGUUGAUCCACUAUGUGCUGGGACCACAGCAACUCCGAAAUGCCACCACUGCCAACUUGGAGCGCUUCAUGCGGCGUUUCAAUGAACUGCAGUAUUGGGUGGCCACAGAGCUGUGCUUAUGUUCUAUACCUGGUCUUCGGGCUCAGCUGCUCCGAAAGUUCAUCAAGCUGGCUUCUCACCUCAAAGAACAGAAGAACCUCAACUCUUUCUUUGCUGUCAUGUUUGGCCUCAGCAACUCUGCCAUCAGCCGUCUUGCCCUCACCUGGGAGCGGCUGCCCCACAAAGUUCGGAAGCUAUAUGCUGCCCUCGAACAGCUUCUGGACCCAUCCUGGAAUCAUCGUGUGUACCGAUUGAUGCUUACCAAGCUGUCCCCUCCCAUCAUCCCCUUUAUGCCUCUCCUCCUCAAAGACAUGACCUUUAUCCAUGAGGGAAACCAUACACUGGUAGACAAUCUCAUCAACUUUGAGAAGAUGCGUAUGAUGGCCAGAACCGUACGAUUAUUGCAUCACUGCCGAAGCCAUAGCUCUGUGCCUCUCUCACCACUGCGGAGCCGGGUCUCCCACAUACAUGAAGAUAGCCAGACCAUGAGGAUGUCUUGUUCAGAGCAAUCCUUAAGUGCCCGGAAUCUGGCCAGUGCCCGGGCGUAUAUCCAGCAGCUGAAGGUCAUCGACAACCAGCAAGAACUUUCUCGGCUCUCCAGAGAACUGGAGCCUUGAUGAGACUGAUGUGCCUUCCCUAACCCGGAGAGGCAUAGCUGAGGAAAGUUGGAAGGGAUCCUUGGACCAACAGAUCCAAGAGCUGGAUGGAUUCUUCACUGAGAGUGUGGACUUGAGGAGCUGCACAGGUGGCAUGGAUCCAGCUGACCACCCAGUGAUGGCUGGCGACCAAGGAGAAAACUGAGUCAAGACUUAAAGCUCUGGAGUGAAGGAUGGUGGGGAGGCCUGGAAGAGUAGUGGGAAGGGAACAUGGGCAGCAAACCCAUGUUCAAGGGAGAGCUGUAUACACCAGGUUUUUCUAAGUCCUUGGCUGUUGAUCUUAUCAACUGACCAAGAUUAGGAAGCUUGUCACAGGAAGGUUUCCUGUCAUUUGCUUUGGUAGCAGGAGUGAGAAGGGGAAGAGGAGGGAGAAAAGGAAAAAAAGGGUAAAGGGGACUGCUGGAGCUAAGAAGCCUUCUUGGAGGAACAGAGGUUCUGCUUCCUGUGUCCACUAACUGUCAUACAAUUGCAGAAUUGUACGCAAUUGUACAGAAGAGAGGGAAUCCCUGGGAUUCCAGGUGCCCAGUAAAUCAGCUAAUAGUUGUAUAUCUGCCAUGUCUAAGGCACUGAGCUGCAAGUGCUACAAAGAAGUCAGAUGGUUUCUGACUUCAAAAAGUUUAUGGUACCAUUGGAGAGACAAGACAUCCAUGACUUGUAAAGCUGGUCUUCGUGUUUAGGAUUCCUGUUUCUGAGAAGAUAUGCAAACAGGGAAAGGACAGGGGUGUGUGAUGUAGGAUACAUACAGCUCACAGUGUGGGCAUAAUUCUCUGUACAUCAUAGAUGAGUAAUGCUUGGUUGGUACCCACAGCCUUGGUACCCUUGAGGCUGAGUCAGAAGAGAUGGAUUAAUCAUGGAUCUCAAGAGGGCUCCUCCUUUACAAGAACAACUCCUUUGGCUUUCUCAACUAUUGCAUGGGAUUUUUAGGACAGUGCACAAAACUCCACCCAACCCCUUCCUCUCUCCCCUAUAGGUCUUUAAGUCCCUAUUCUCUUCCUUGGACUGUUUUGGUUAAUAGGUGUACCUGGCAUAGUUCAUCAGCUAUAGAUUUGCCCUUCUCGGGGUUCCCAAUGCCUAGGAGCUGGCUAAGGGCUACUCAGCAGCUUUUAGGGGUGUGACCUAGGGCUGUAGCUUGUGACCAGAGUAAGCAGAAACAUUAGGGAGUGGCUCCAAUAUAUUUCCUCAAUGACACCGGGCCAGAGAAGCUGAGACAAAAAAGGGGGAAACUUGUGAACUCUGAAACCUAGCAAAAAUGAGGUUGGUAAAGGCCUAAAAGGGGAACUAGAGAUAAUAAAUCAAGAUUCAUCAUCAAUGAUCAGGCUCUUCCCAGUAAUCCCCAAUUACCAACACCGAGCUACCUGGCAUUGAAUAUUUCUUCAUCCUCCUCCCUCUUCCCCCAUGACCAUUUGCUACUCCAAAGGAUUAUUUGCUUCCCAGAGAGCCAUUGUGCUUGGGUAGGAUCAUGUCCUUGGCUGCUGAAUUGGAGUAUUGGAGAAAGUCAGAAUAUGGAGGGGAGAGAGGAGGGGAGAAGCCUGGAGAAUGCUUGAGCAUUGGGCUAAAGAGCAUUUUCCAGCACUGAGGUGGAGCAGCAGUAGCAGGGCUUAAUAGACCUGAAGAUAAGUACCUCUAAAGAUGAAAACUGAUUGGUAAGAAAUGCCAGUGCUUGAAAGAGACAGCUUUACUACUCUUACCCUGUCUACUAUCCUUAUCAGUGAAUGCUCCCAGAGGUCUUUGAUCCUUUAUCCCUAUGUCCUCCAGACAUAGCCUUUAAAUGCUUGCCUUGUUUCAAUAGCACAUACAGCAAAAAUGGGCCCACGUGUGGAAAGAGGGAGACGUAUACCUUGGGUGUAUGUUGGUGUGUGUGUAUUGAAAGGGGGUAGUAGAGUAAGGAGGGUGUAACAUAGGCCACAUAUGUCCAUAUGUAUGUGUCUUGAGGAAAGUUAAGGGACUGCCCAUCUGCAUUCCUUUCCUUUCCUCCCUCCACUCCUCAAAAUGGUGUAGUAGAAAGUAUGCUGGAUUUGGAGUCGGAAGACCUCAAUUCUAUUCCCAGUUUCGCCACUUACUCCCUGCAUCACCUUGGACUAGUCAUAACCUCCCUGGGUCUCAGUUUCCUCAUCUGUAAAAUAAGAAGUUUGACCAGGUGACUUCUAAGAUACCUCCCACCUGUAAGUCUAUGAUGAUAUGCUGCUGUUCCUCAGCCAUGAAACCUUUGUGAGUGGCCUGUUAGGUAUGAGGCAGUAUGGACUAAUUGUGGGGUGUAAUAAGGAGGAGUUGUCACCUCCCACAGCAGGCUGAGCAGGAUCUGGUAGGAGAAGGCUUGUAAGGGUGGGGAGCUAGAGCUUCUGAGGUAAUGUGUACUUCCCUUCAGCUUAACCCUUCCUAUAUUCUCUCUUCAGUCCAUCAUGGAGCCCUUGUUUCCAUAUUUUUCUGGGUCUCUAUAAUGCAAGGUAUGGGAGCAGGGGAAGAGACAGGGAACAAUACUUAUGCUCGUGCUUAGUUCUUUGAUCUCUAUAAGUCCUCAACCUUUGGUUGCCUUCUAAUUCUAGGUCCUUUCUGAGGGAGAUGUUAUUUUUAUAAUAUAUGUGUAAAUAUUUUAUAGUAAUAAAUUUAUAUUUACAUAGUAUA